GCUGGCACUGGACGAGAUGCCAGAUGAGGUCUACGAUCAUGACUGGGAUGUGGUCAUGAUCGAUGGUCCCAGAGGGUACUUCGCGGCAGCGCCGGGGAGGAUGGCGGUGAUAUACUCGGUGGCUAUGAUGGCGCGUGCAAGAAAGGGAUCGGGAGUUACGCACGUGUUUCUUCAUGACGUGGAUAGGGAGGUAGAGAAAGAGUAUGCGAAGGAGUUCUUGUGCAUGAAAUAUAGGGUUGGGGGUAUUGGAAAGCUUUGGCACUUUGUCAUUCCACCCGUUGAUAAUGCUAGUGAUAUCACUCAUGGCUUUUGCUGAAAUUAACUAUAGUAGUGUCGUAUAUUUUCUCUUCUUUUAUGUCUUUAAAUAUGAAAUAUAAAAAGUUGUGUGUAACGAUUGUUCUACGUUUUGCUUCGCAGAACUCAACAAGUUUUAUCAUCUCCAAUUCGUGUCUAUUUUUUGUUACUAUACUUCCUCAUGCACUAGUAUAUCAAAGUUUAUAUCUAGCAUGCAUUU